AUGACUACUGUGUCGGAUAAAGUUAUGUGUUCUACAAGUUUAGAAGUUCCCGAAGAAAAUGAAGAAGACCCUUUUAGUGGAUUGGAAAUAUACAAUGAAGAAAAAUUUUACAAUUUAAAUAUUAAUGUGUUUGCUGAUCCUCUGGAAUCAAUAAACGAAGAUAUUGACUAUCUAGAGAAUGAAUUUAAGUUCUUUGAUGAUGAUAUAACUGAAGAAAGAACUUCAGAAAAUACAAAUAAAUAUCAUAUUCCAUUGGAAGAUACAGCUCAACCAGUUUGUCAAGAGACAAAUUGUAAUAAACAGUUUGCGUCAAGGGCUCUUUUAAAAGAUCAUAUACGUAAAGUUCAUUGUGCUGAACAAAAAUAUAUAUGUGAAGUUUGUGGAAAAGGUUUUACUGCAGAAUAUUUGCUGAUGCGACACAAGAUGGUGCAUGAUAUGAAAGUAAUUGAAUGUCCUGUGUGCUCUAAAAAAUUAAGUGGAAGAACAAAUAUGUCAGUCCACCUGCGAACACAUACUGACUCUCGUCCGCACAAGUGUGACACUUGCGGCAAAACUUUUGUGAGAAAGUGUUCACUCAAUUUACACAUUAAGUUUGUUCAUAAUAAGGAACUAAAAUGUGGAAAAUGCGGAGAAAGAUUCGAAAAACGAUAUCUACUCGCCCGCCACAUCUCUACUGCGCAUAAAGCC